AAGUUUUCAAGUAAUCAAUUAUACACACACUCCUCCAAAGAAAAAGCGAUAAAGACGAUAACAACAAAUGUCGCUUUUACCCUUCUCCUUCAUCUCCACUGAGAUGCUUCCAUGGCUUUUUCUCCUUCUACUUUCACUUCUUAUCCUCUUCAAAACCUAUCUUCUUCCUUCCCGUAAAAACCUUCCGCCAUGUCCACCAAGACUACCUCUCUUAGGAAACAUCCACCAGCUCGGAAGCCUCCCUCACCGCAACCUCAGAGAUCUCUCCCUCAAAUACGGCCCCGUCAUCACCGUCUUCCUCGGAAGCGUCCGCACGGUGGUUGUCCACUCACCGGAGACGGCGGAGGAAGUUUUGAAAGCUCACGAUUCCGAUUGCUGCACACGCCCCAGAUUAUCAAUCACAAAGAGCUUCUUCUACGACGGGCUCGGUCUUGGUUUCACUCAAUGGGGAGAUUACUACAAAGACGUUCGAAAACUCUGCGUUCUCGAGCUUUUCUCCGUGAAACGAGCCAACUCGUUUCGGAAUCUCAGAGAGGAGGAGCUGAGUCGACUCGUUAACUCGGUUUCCGAAUCGGCUGGUUCUGGAUCUUCAGUGGAUCUGAGCGCGAAGCUUGUUAGGUUCGUCGCGAGCUUCACUUGUCGAAUGGCGUUUGGAUUGAGUUUUCAAGGGAGCGGAAUCGAUAACGAGAGGUUUCUGGAGGUGUUCACGGAGGCGAACAUGGUGAUCGGAAAAUUCGCGGCGGAGGAUAUUUUUCCUGUGUUUGGGUGGAUCGUUGAUCGGAUCUCCGGGCUUGAAUCUAGCCGGAGGAAGAGUUUUCGAGAUCUCGAUGCGUUUUAUCAGAAAGCGAUUGUUGAUCAUCGGGAGAAGAAGAAGACGGAGGAAGAUCGCGAAGAUCUCAUCGACGUGUUGCUUAAAUUGCAGAGUCAAGAAACCAAACUCGGUUCCACACGGAUCACUGAUAAACACAUCAGAGCUAUUCUUAUGGAUAUAUUUGUAGCAGGCAUAGACACAUCUGCAAUAAGUAUGGAUUGGGCAAUGGCAGAGAUUGCAAGACACCCAAGAGUGAUGAAGAAACUACAAACCGAGAUACGCGAGCUCGUAGGAGACAAAGGCAAAGUAACCUACGAGGAUCUCGAGGGUCUAGAGUACAUGAAAAUGGUGAUCAAAGAGACUUGGAGGCUACACGCACCGAGUCCGAUCCUGAUUCCUAGAGAGGCAAUGUCCAAAUUCAAGAUCAAGAACUACGACAUUUACCCUGGAACACGGAUUCACGUGAAUACAUGGGCGAUUGGACGUAACCCUGAUGUGUGGAAAGAUCCUGAUGAGUUUAUACCAGAGAGGUUUGUGGAUAGCAAUGUUGAUACCAAAGGGACGAGUUUUGAGCUCUUACCGUUUGGGAGCGGACGCAGAGGUUGUCCUGCGAUGUAUAUGGGUUUAAGCACGGUGGAGUAUACAUUGGCUAAUCUUUUGUAUCAUUUUGAUUGGAAAGUUAUGGAGGAAGUGAGUAUUGAAGAAGCUCCUGGUCUCACUAGCCAUAGGAAGCAUCCUCUUCAUCUUGUACCUGUUAAUGUCAUCCAUCGCAAGUUUUAAGAGUUUUGUGAAACGCAAACGCUGUUUACAAAGAAUAAUGACCAAUCAAGUUUGUUUGUUUGUUUGUUCGAAUGUUUAAAGGACCAAUGUUGAAGAUUCAAAAGUGAGAAAUUUG